UGCGGAAGUGGAACUUGUCCCCUGGUUCCCUUCCCUGCUGUCUCUGGAAGCCAAGGCUUUUUUAAAAUUUAUCCACGGUGUCGGUUGUCUCUCACGACAAUAACAUCUCACAGCCAUGUCUUUGUCAUUCGAGGGCAGGGUCGUGCUUGUCACUGGAGCAGGAGGAGGCCUUGGCAGAGAAUAUGCACUGGCUUUUGCUGAAAGGGGCGCCUCCGUAGUAGUGAAUGACCUUGGGGGAAGCACUGACGGUGGUGGAAAGAGUUCUGCAGCUGCUGAUAAAGUGGUGGAGGAGAUAAGAGCGAAGGGGGGCAAGGCCAUCGCAAACUAUGAUUCUGUCGAAGAUGGAGACAAACUGAUCCAGGCAGUAUUGGAUGCGUUUGGAAGAAUAGAUGUUGUUGUAAACAAUGCCGGGAUUCUUCGUGACCGAUCCUUUGCCAGGAUCAGUGAUUUGGACUGGGACAUGAUUCAAAGAGUUCACUUGCGAGGCUCCUUCCUUGUGACCCGAGCUGCUUGGAACCACAUGAAAAACCAGAAGUUUGGCAGAAUCAUCAUGACUGCUUCGGCCACGGGCAUCUAUGGGAACUUUGGCCAGGCCAACUACAGCGCUGCCAAGCUGGGCUUGCUGGGGCUGGCUAACACCUUGGCAAUUGAGGGACGCAAGUACAACGUCUACUGCAACACCAUUGCCCCGGUUGCUGGGUCACGCCUCACAGAGAGCACCAUGCCCCCAGAUAUGUUGAACUCGCUGAAGCCCGAGUAUGUCGCUCCUUUGGUCCUGUGGCUCUCUCAUGAACAGUGCCAAGAAAACGGAGGGCUGUUUGAGGUCGGUGCAGGCUGGAUUGGUAAACUGCGCUGGGAGCGUACUCGGGGCCAGAUUUUGAGAAAAAAGAACCAACCCAUGACUCUUGAGGCUGUCCGGGACAACUGGGACAAAAUCUGUGAUUUUACAGAUGCCACUAAGCCAACUAGUAUACAAGAGUCUCUUCAGUCAUUAUUGCAUGUGCUGUCUGAAGUGGAGUCGGAGGGAGAGGUCGGUGCGAAUCCAACAGCAUCCGCAGCCUCGGCGGCGUCAGGAUCAGGGUUAAAUCCAAAUCAGGCUGUGGGACAAAAACUACCACCGUCCACAUUCAGCUACACCCACACCCAGUCCAUCCUCUACGCGUUGGGCGUCGGCAUGUCCACCAAGGACCCCGAUCAUCUGAGGUUCCUGUAUGAAAACCACGAAGACUUCAGCUGCCUGCCCACCUUCGGGGUCAUCACCGCCCAGGCUGCCAUCAUGGGCGGCGGCCUGAGCUCAAUCCCUGGACUCGACAUAGAUUUGACACAGAUACUGCAUGGGGAGCAGUACCUGGAGAUUUACAAACCUCUGCCAACCUCAGGCAACCUGACCUCUAACACCACCGUAGCAGACGUGUUGGACAAAGGAUCCGGAGCCGUCAUCCACCUGGACGUGCACACCUACAACGGAGGUGAGCUGUUGUGCUUCAACCAGUUUUCAGUAUUUGUGGUCGGAGCCGGAGGCUUCGGUGGAAAGAGAACGUCCGACAAAGCCAAAGCUGCACUGCCUCCUCCUAAACGAGCACCAGAUGCUGUGGUGGUUGAGUCGACCACGAGAGACCAAGCUGCCUUGUACCGUCUGAGCGGAGACUGGAACCCUCUUCACAUAGACCCCAGCUUUGCCGCGAUGGGAGGCUUCAAGUCUCCCAUCCUGCACGGCUUGUGCUCCCUCGGCUUCGCCGGGAGACACGUCCUCAAGCAGUUCGCCGACAACGACCCGUCCAGAUUCAAGGCCAUGAAGGUUCGCUUUGUCAAGCCGGUGAUGCCGGGUCAGUCGCUGCAAACUGAGAUGUGGAAGGAAGGCAACAGAAUUUACCUCCAGUGCAAAGUGAAAGAAACUGACGCCGUCGUCCUCUCUGGGGCCUACGUGGAUUUACAUGCAGCCUCAGGAGCUUCUCCAGAUGUUCCCACUCAGGGAGGAGGCCUCCAGAGCGAGCUGGUCUUUGCGGAGAUCGGCCGUCGUGUGAAGGAGAUGGGCUCAGAGUUGGUCAGGAAGGUGAACGCCGUGUUCGGCUGGGAGAUCACCAAGAACGGAGUCAACGCUGCACAGUGGACUAUCGACCUGAAGAACGGCAGCGGCUCUUUGCACAAAGGUCCUUACAGCGGAAAGGCAGAUGUGACCAUCACGGUGUCGGACGAAGACUUCAUGGAAGUGGUGCAGGGGAAACUCAACCCGCAGAAGGCGUUCUUCUCCGGCAAGCUGAAGAUUAGAGGGAACAUCAUGCUGAGUCAGAAGCUGGAGGUCAUCCUGAAGGACCACGCCAAGCUAUGAGCUCCUCGGCCAACCAAUCGCACGCCUCGAGGGUCUGAACGACCGGCCAGCUCUCUUCCUUCUUACUUUCCUUGGCCUGAUGUGUGAAUUCACUUACACGCUUUGUCUCUACAAGGAAAAGCAUUACAAACAUCCAGCAAUGAUUAAUGAAUGAAUUCUCUCAUACAAAUUAACUUUACUCAUUAGACAUUUCCUUCAUUCAUUCCCAUUCAUGGAUAUUUACGUGUUUCUCCUGAUGCCAGUGGCUUAAGGUGGAGUCCGUCCUCUCUGAAUAUGCUCCUGACGCGCAUGUCAAUAUCCAACUUAAUCCAAAAAACACAACGGUACACUACAGUCAACCUGGUUGAAGUGAUAACAGUUCAGUUUCAUUUUUAAUCUCAGCCAGACUGUCGUCAUGUGCCUGAUGUUUCAGUCUGAAUAAUUCACCAAAGUCAGAAACAGUUGUAUGCGUCUGAAUCUGUAACCUACACAGAGCUGUGGAGGCAGAAAGAGUUGGAAAGUUAUUAAAAAAUAAUAAUAAUAAUGAUCUAACUUUUAAUAAUGUGACGACAUUGGACUGUGGGUCUUCUGUUAAAAUAAAAAUAAUUCUGAAUAAAAGCUCAUUUGUGUCUAUUUAA